CUUACCUCCAUCACUUAUCAACAUCUCGAAAAGUAAGAAUGGUAUCGAACGACAGCGACGAUUCUCGACGCAAUACAGAUGGCGCCGAAAGCAACCCGUUUAUCGCCUGGCGUCACCACAUCGAUGCCCGUGUCUCAUCGCUCCGAGACAGCGUCUUCACGCUUCGAACCCAGCUUGCCCACCAAAUACCACUGCACCAGAUGGAAAAGCAGAACAAACUGAAAUCCUUGGAGCAAGAAAUGGCUCGUGUCGUUGCUGAAGGGCGGGAGAGCUUCUGGGCGGGCGACAUGCAGGCCGCCUUAGAGAAGCGAGCAGAGCUCUUGAAGCUUAGUCGCGAAGCCGAUACGCUCUGGAAAGACUUGGCUAAGGCCGACACGCGGAAAGAUAGUGAUAGCGGCUACAGCAGUCCGGACGACUCUCACACGACUGUGGUUGAGAGGGUUGCGAACGCCAAGGGCCAGCAGUGGGGUUGGUCGUGGAACUGGAGCUACCCUCGACCUUUCAACGCCGAUGACCAGAGCCCAUCAGAAGAUCACAACGACAAACACACUCGCAGGCACAUGUGUCGAUGGCGGCACCGGAGGGCUGACCAGGACAUUUCCAAUCAAGGGCACGAUGACGACUGGGAUGCUCACUUCAAUGCCAAGUGGGACAACAUCAAGCGGCGAAUGAAUGAGGAAGUGCCCUGCGAUGAGGACGGUGCUCCUAGAGUGUGGAAAAAACAAUGGUCGUGGAGCUGGCCGCCACGUCCUUCCGACGCCCCCGAGGAACGGACCUCCGACAACCGCCCGCAGACUCUGUUCGACGAACUUAGUAAUGCCAUCAUGGACGAAGUCACGAGGCUAAUGCUCCCUCGUCCUCAUGUAUAUCCAACUCCAUCCUAUUCGCCGCGUGCUUUAGAGGAGAACGCCGAACUCACCAAGGCCGGCCUACAGUGGAGGGAUGCGUUUGAAGAUUUGGUGCGAGCUGAACGUGGAGCUCCCCUCAUACCUGCAGAACGACUAGGCCAAUCGAACCACGUUCCGUACAACCAGUGGGUGAGGCGGUUCUGGCAGCCCGAUUUUGCCUCCUCAGAACCAGCUUGGGAGCCGCGAAGGGGGUAUCCAAAGCGCGUGCCCUGGGAAGGAGAGGAGACAAGUGAAGAGCCAAGUUACGAAUAUGGACAUGAUCAUGAGGAUCAGCAUGACGACCCGCCCACUCCGAAACCCUCCCGCGGUAAGUUCACCGAAGGAGAACCUCCGACAGAGCUAGAGGCGUAUGAGCGCUUGCUAGGCCCAGCACCUACACAGUCAGAGACUGCAAACGCAGCACGUCCAUCAAUCUUAUCUACCCUUACAACUACAGAACGGACCGUUUCCCCUGAUGGCUCCGUAACCACAAAAGUGGUAUUGAAGAAACGGUUCCAAGACGGGAGGGAAGAAAGCUCCGAGACAGUACACACACAACGCGGCCAGGAUACUGAACCUCAAGUCCAAGACCAAUGGAAAGCGAUGCAAGAGGCCCAGUUUCCAGGGUCACCAAAACGAUCUGAAAUUGAGCAAGAGAUGAGCAAGAGUAAAGGAUCGAAGAGUGGAUGGUUUUGGUCAAAGUAAGGCACAUGGAAACAACGCACUACAACCUAAUCUAUCAAGGGAUUUCUUUGCUAUGAUAGUUGAAGGCAGCUCGCAUCGUUGGAAAGAAUCUUAGCGGAGCCAUGUUCAACAGGUGUCUUUUGACAGGCAGGCAACUCCUCUCAAUUAGAUUGCUCGCGACUCUCCUCUUACAUAACCCGUUCUAUUGUUACCCUUUCCAGUAAAUAUGACUACAUGGAUGUGUCUCGUAUGUUUGCACCACAUCUCACCUUUCGCUUACAUAGGUCAUUUUGGGAGACCAAACGAAAGCAGGC